GGUAGGGAAGACACGGGGUGUGGAGGACCGCGGGGACCUACGGGCAUCGCCAGGAGUGAGGAUCACUAGAAUACAAAGUGCAAGCCAGUCCCCGGCCAGAGGGCUCGCUACAAACUGAAGGCCUGUGGAGCCACUGGGAUGCCUGUCGCAGUAGAGUGACCGUCAGUGGUAGAUGGCUCUGGGUGCGGCUGACGCCAGGAUGACACGAGGUAUGUGUAGGGGACUCGACUGGUGAUGCAGAGAAGGGGAAAGGCUCCAGAGAUAUUUGGAAAAUUAAAUGAGCAGACCUUGGGGCUGAUCGGCUGGAGAAGGGAGAAAGGACCGUUCGUGUGAACUCAGGUUUCUCACUUUGAGGAGCUUUUGACAUUUGGCCUGCUGUUUACACUGAAACUGGGAGAUUCCAGUAAAUUCUACGCUCUGUGAGUCCAGAGAGUGCGAAAGGACCUCAAUUCCUCCACCACCUUUUAAACAUCGAGCUACUUCAUCUCAGGAUGUACUUUACCUCUUGGCAAUGAAGGUCACGUUUUAGGCCUGGAUCGCCGUCCGGGGAGGGGUGGGCGGAAUUCAAAGCAGAGUCCUGGCAAGGGAGACUGGAACUCGCUCCCCGGGUCCAGAUGGCCUGGUCAAGGACUCUCGGGCAGAGGCUGCCAGCAGCCGCCUGACGGCCGAGGAGGGACUGACCCACAGGAACCACCGCGCGGCGGCCCGAGGUGAACAGCCUGCCAGACAGCAGGCGCCCAGGCAGCCACAGGAACCUGCAGGUGCUUUCAUUUCCUCCCCGUCACCUUGGGACUCCUGUCGGGAGCUGUUGCUCGCUCCCGUGCUCAGCAAAACUAAUUGAGGCUGACUGAUCGUUAAGGCCCUCUUCCCCUCCAAAAAGAAAAGGCCAAAAAACACAAAACACAAGACAUCUCAAGCGCUGUUUCCCUUCGUGAAGAAGCGGCAGGCUGACCUGGUAACAGUGCCCUUCUCUGUACGGGUCAGCACGAGGGGGGAGUCUCCUCUCUCCGGUGCGCCCCCGUCCUCCAGGCUCGGGCACCUGCGAUCUCGGUUUCGAAGCUUGUCCUGAGUCACUAAAGAGAGAGAGAAAGGCAUCAUUCUACCCCGUGCCACCGAACACCGACCAGCAAACUCCAGAAGACAAAGAGGGAUAUCAGAUGGCUUCAAGGAGUGACUGGUGAAUGGUUUGAAGAAAUUCAAAGAAAGAAGUUUUGCAAUGAAACAGACGUUAGCCAGAUGUUGAAACAACCACUCACAUACAGGCUAAGGAAAGGGAUGGCAGAAAAUGAUCGUGUGGAAUUACAGACGUCAAAAUCUAAAACUACACCUCAUCAAAGAAACCCCGUGUCUGUUUCUUCCCGGCUGAGCUUCAGAUCGUCAGUUUCUUCCCUGUUCUCAUUCAGAAAAUCCAGAAGGGAGACUUCAAAGCUUCUGUCACCGGCACAGAAAGGAUGUGACAGCCGUGCAGGACCUUCCGUGUCUGUGAGGCGAACCGCUACGCAGGCCAAAAUAUACAGUUCACCUCUGGAAAAUCAACCGGUUGACAGCGUCUUUGUCCCCGGGCGAGCAGGCAUGAGGGAGGGAAGUGGUAUGCCUCCCUGGGAUGCUUCACUGCUGGAAAACGAGUUUUUCCAAGUUUUAGACGACUUGGAUAAUAAACUGGCUCAGGAACAAUGUCCAAGCUCAGGGAAUACCACAGCACCUCUCAACUAUGGAUCAAGAGCACAGUGCAGUCAUUUUUACUCCAGGGGGAACACGCAUGGAAAUAUCACGGGAAGGUACCAAAACCACCAUAAUGGAGCUUCUAAUAUGUCUAUCUAUGACAUCCUAAGACCAGGAACCCCUAGGGAAGGUUUUAAAACCUUUUCUCCUAGAACAAAAACAAUUUAUGAUAUGUACAGGACAAGGGAGCCCAGACUCUCAAAAGAAGAUUAUGUGCAAAAGAAUAGUUUCGGUAGUACUUCUCUGUGUUUCGACAGCAGGCAGCCAUCAACUUCACCGGCUACGAUAUAUUUCACAACAAGAAGCUUACAUUUUCCAACAAUAACUCAGAACAAGAGUGGGUUUAUACCACCAAGACACCAGCAGAGCCCAAAGAGAACUCCUUUAUCAUCCAUUAUAUGGAAUCGAUCAGAUUCUUCCGGAGGUAGGCAGAGCCAGGAAGAAUUCCUGGGGGCACCUUCACCGAUGGAGAUUGACUCUGCUGACCAGUAUGUGUAUCCCAGGUGUUUUGAGGAGAAUAGGAGAUACGAAUUUUACCGUUCACAGAGUGUUUACCAAGGUGUUCAUUUAGACGCCUGCAUGGAUAAUGCAAUGAGUCCUGACCCAUUUGAGAACUCAGAAAAUAUGCCAUUCUACCAUCAAGAACACCCAUUUGCUAGAUCUUUCUCUAGCAAUACCUUUGGACGAAACAGGGAACAGAGAUUUAAACAAAGUCCUCUUUGGGGCCAACACGAAGAACAUCCUUUCUGGUCUGACUUCCCUCAAAGUAGGCAUCCAUUCACUUCUCACAGAGACUCCGAAAUGAUAUCCAUGGAAGUAUCAGCUGGUCACAGCCAUAGCAUUCGUUCUCAACACUGGGGAUCAUUUUCUCCUGGUUACAAAACAAAUAUUUUCAGAGAUGAUGAAGAGCCACACCUCUGGCAGUUUGACUCUCAGACAACCACGCUGGAGAGCACGGAGGUGUCGCGAGGCAAUGAGAGCCAGGCGGCUCAUUUCAGCGUGCCACACGUUUGCCCUGGGACCGGCCCCGGCUAUCACAGCACAUCUGGAAGGUCAGUAUGCCAACAGGGCGGUCCUCCUACAGAAGUACACCUGGACAGAGAACCUUACUCGUUUGGAAAUACUCAGACGACUCUAGCAUCCUCAUUCAACACCUCCUUCCCCCCGAUUCCCGAUGACAGAGGGAACCCUCAGAGGCCCAGCUUUCAGAAUCCCACAGUUGCUGUGCACAAAAUUAAGCCCGCCUCUCUGCCAAUAAAAAGCUCUACAGAAGUCACUGUGACCAAGAGCGAUUCGGUCGAUUCUCCACCUCUUACCGAAAGCCCACCCAGUAUCUUGGUCACACAAGUGACUAAGGAGAAAGUCUUGAAGGAAUCUCUUCGGGAAGAAGACAUACAACUACACAAGAUGGACCGGACACACAUGACAAGUGAAGUCCCCCAACCGGUCUCACAGACAGUAACCUCUAACCAUGCUUCUGAUGUUCAAAAUCCCCUCUCCCAGGACUCAGCCAAGGGCAAAGGGUUUGCUUUUAAUGCAUCUACCACAGUAAGUUCAAAGAGGUCACCUGGAGUCAUUUCCAGGAAAGAGAGCCCCCAAAUUCAUAUAUCACACAGAGAACGUUCCAAUGAACUUAAAAAAGAUAAGAAUCACACGGGGGACAGAAAACUUGGCUCAGCAACUUCCCUUGCUUUCAUUCAGGAACGCACAACAGCGUCUUGGCCCGGCCCAGAUCAAGGUUGUCACCAGGAAGUAAGAGCAAGUACUGAAGCUAUUUCAGGCAUUAUUAAAAAUAACCACUGGAGCUCUGAACCUGCUGAUGGUCAAAAGGCACAGUCUGCAGAAAAGCCUGCUAUUUCAGAUACCAAGGAAGAACAAGGUACCACAAGUCCUUCCACCAACUGUAGCAAACCAGCUGCUCGUCGUAAGAUCCCACGCGAUUCUUCGGAUCUGUCAUCGGGUAUACUACCUGGCUCCUCACCAUCGAAUAAUUCUUUCCUUGACACUCCGGCGAUUCCUUCAACAACAGUGUUCUCCAGGAAAAGUCCUUCGGGCAAGGAUCCAUCUCCGGGAGAAAGAGCACAAAAGGACAAUGAUAGCAAGGACCAAAGUGAUCAGUUUGCCCUGAGCCCCUCAGAAAACCCAAAGCAUAACGAUGAGUGUGUACUUGUACACAAUGAGGCCGUUGAUGUUGCCAACUGGCGUUCUCACUCUCCUUUCAAGGAUGGGAAAGGAAAAGGAAAAGUAAGGCGACGCGUAGCCUCUCUGGAGAAGUUAAGCAAAAUGGAAAGGAGAACAGCACCCACCAGUGAUAACAGUAGCUCCGUGGAGAUGAAUCAAAGCAAUUCCAAGCCUCCUGAAGUUCACACGACUUCCUGCACCUCACCAACAAAAUCAGCCAGAUUUCUCAUCAAUAACAGGAAGUCGGAAAGUAAGAUAAUGGCUUCUCCGUGUAGGAAUGAACCACUUCCAUUCCAAGUCAAAAAUAAUGUGGAACACCCAGCAGGGAAGUAUACGUUGAACAAAUUCGGUCCCAGUUCUUCUGAGUCAGAAAGCAAAUGUUCCAAAGCAGUGUCAGACUCGGUCCCAGUAGCACCUGAAGCCACAGAGAAGGUGACAAGCCUGAAAAACAGUGGGUUUGCUUCUGUUAGAAAAGGACCACUUCCGUUCCUCAUCAAGAGGGCCGUGUCGUGUCCGUCAGGGGUACCAGAUGCCUCAGAUGGGAGAGACAAAAGAGAAGAAUGCUUGGUCUCAAACACAGAUGCUUCUGCUGUAACACUAAAACCUUGGGAGGCGAUCAUUAGCCCUCUGGAAAAUAAUUCACCCGUUAGCGAUUUGUCUUCGCCAAAAAGACACCACCAAAAGGAAUACUUUCCAGAAUGCACUGAAAAGGAUGGCAAAAUUGCUGCCUCCGGGACAGGCCUAUUUUCCCUUUCAAACGAAGACCCUCUGCCUUUCUCUUCAGACGCGUCAAGAAAAGAAAGUGGGAAAACGUUACGUAAAUUUAAGACCACUAGUACGUUUUCUGUUUCUGGCGAUGAAGAUAAUGUAAAAUGUCUUGAGGUGGUUUCAGUAUAUUACACUCUACCAAGGAAAUACAGCAAAAAAUUCUCUAACAUUCUUGAAAAGUAUACACGGUAUAUCGAUUCACUUACGGAAUCAACUAAAGUGGAGACUGAAACCUUUCCCAAUGCUUUUGAAAAAGAAAAGCUAAAUUAUUCUACCCAAGAGCAGUCAGGAACACCUUCAUCUGAAGGUCUAAAGAUGCUGGUCACCUCUGCUCAGGAGAAGACCCAAUGUCUUUCUCGCACCAGUGAAAAUAUGACCAUUUCACAAUUACCAAGCAUUUGGCCCUCAGAACCAACAUUACAGGAAGUGGAUUCUACUGAGGCACGUGUUUCUCUUCAUAAAGGAGAAUCUAAAACUGGAGAGGUUUCCCCAGAUAACUUCGCUAAAACACCCCUAGGUGAUUCAGAGAGCAGAAAAGAGAGAGGGAAAAGAUCACAAAGCGAAACUCUGCCUCCUUCAUCAAUGCUUCAGGAAAAAAAAGGUACAGAAGAGAAAGCUGAAAACUGUCAGCAAUCCAGUAAGUCGGGCAACAGUGGUCCUUCUAAUCUCCCAGCCCAUUCAGAAGAGAAUGUUGGAAGUUCCCAAAAUGGAAGAAGUUCCGGGGAAUGUGUAGGUACUAGGAUAGCCAUCACAGCUCCUGGAACUGGAGAAGGCCUUCCGAGAGAGAUCGCGGACGGUAGUUCCAGUGGAUUGCAGCCUAGUCAAGUAAGAGGGGAAAUUGGAACAGAUUUCCAAAAAGAGACUCGUAAACCACUUUCUGACUUGGAAAGCCAAGUCUUUGCUCUUACUCCAGCUUUGCAUAAACUACAGCUUUUUGAAGGGACUUGUUCAGGUGAGCCAGAUUUAGACAGUUUGCAGUCUGAACCCAGAGAGCUACCUCCAAGGAGUCAGGAGAUAAGCAUGACAGAGAACAGCAGGGCUGAAGAUGAAAUGCUAAAGUUGGCAUGGGAUCAACCUUCAUUUCCUGGAGGAAGCAGUAAACAGAAAACCAGCUUGGAUGACCCAGAAAAAGGGAAAAACAGAUCCGUAGUUAAACACAGAUUGGCAGCCAUGCCCAAAGCAAGCAGAAAAUUCCCAGCUAAAGAUUUAAGCCCCAGAAGACACGUAGCUACUAUCUUCCCCCAAAGUGGGAACAGUUCUGGCUUUGGCAGCUUAUCUCUUGGCACGGCCGAGUGCAACCUGCCGUCCCCUGAGCCUACUCCAAAGUCCAUAGAGUCCAGAAAUGAAAGCAGGUUGAGUCGUGAUAUAACGGAUGUGGAAAAGUCAGAGAACUCUCUCCAGGUGACUGUAAUACCCAGUAGAGAAGCUUCUACACACUUAAGCAGUCCGAAGUCUAACAGCAUUUCACAGCUACAGCAGAAUGGGUCUAAAAAUAUCUCAGAAUCAUCACCAAAGUAUGAGAAGUCUAAAGAUGUAACAGCAGCUCAGACUUUGGAAAGAGAGUCAAGAACUUUGGCCCAACCCACAUUCCCCAACCUCGGGGAAGCAGACUUCUCUGACCAUCAGAGAAGAAUAAACCCUCCUUUUCCUUUGGAGCCUACAGAGAAAUCUAGAGUAAGCAUUCCAUUGGCCAGUUAUCAGCAACAACAAAGAAGUGCUUCAUCUCUGGAGUGGGGACCUGAACUGCACCCCUAUCGUUCAAACAGUUUAAAAAGCAUCAAUGUGCACGGUGAUCUGGUACGCAAAAGUCAUCCUCCAAAGGUCAGGGGGCGCCAUUUUUCUGAGAGCACUUCUAUUGACGAUGCCCUGAGUGAACUGACCCUCGGGGAUGAAUUCUCUGGCAACAGCGGAUACAGUCGAAGAUUCAGAUCCUUUUCUGAGCUUUCCUCCUGUGAUGGAAAUGAAAACCGGACUUUGGGUGGCGGCAGAACAAAAAUGGGGCCCAAGUUUGCAACAUCUAUAUCUAGACCUAUUGACUAUGGAAUUUUUGGGAAAGAACAACAGUUGGCUUUCUUGGAGAAUGUAAAGAGGUCACUCACACAAGGAAGAUUAUGGAAACCAAGUUUUCUUAAGAACCCCGGCUUCCUGAAAGAUGAUGUAAUUAACCAUCCUCAGCCAACAGAGCUACCAAGCUCAGAUUCUCCUAGCGGCCAGAUGCCGGAAGAUGCCUUAUCUCCAGGCACACCACUUUGUAUCUAUGAAAAGACUCCAGUAGACUCAGAUUGUGACACGGACACAACCACGGAUGACGAAUACUAUCUGGAUGAAAAUGACAAAGAGUCAGAACUGUGAGGCUUCUUCAGUAACAUGCAUAUAACCUUUCCACCAAAAGUUUGUAAUGGAAAUCAGGUGUACAUGUGUAUGCCCUUGAGAAGGACACAUAUAAAAAAGAUCUAGUGUGGGCAGCACCUGCUCUGAAACUACCCAGAUUCUCUUUUUUUCCCCCCACUCUAUAAUAUAUAAACAUAUAUAAGCAUUAUAUGCUUCCUAAAUUCUAGAACAAAUGAAUUCUUGUUUUGGGGGGGUUCUCUGCCAUUUUCUACGUCUAUAUAUGUGUAUAUAUAUAUAUAUAUAUAUAUAUAUAUAUAUAUAUUCUUAGCCUUUCUCCCCUCCCUCCACUGCAUCCCUAAUUCACUAUCCAAUUUUGGCUUUCUGCUUUACUCUCUCCCUAACUUUUUUUUUACACCUUUCACUGUCAUUUACAACCCUAGUGUCCCAGGCGUACACAAAACUUAUUAAUUACCCAGAACAACCAGAAAAUUCUGUAUGGCCUCUUCCAAUCCAUGCCCUAUAUUCAGGACAUUAAAAAAAAAUGUAGGGAUGAUGACAAUGGAGUAAAUAAUAUCAUCCUGUUUGACUCAUCAGCAUUUAGAAGGAUUAGGGUUUUUUUUUCUUUCUUUCUUUCAAACAAAGAUAAGGAAAUUUUCACAAGGGCAUGGUGUUAUAUCCAUAGUGAAGCCAGGAAGCAGAUGUUUGAUGUAUUUGUUGAGGUUACAGAAGAGGAACUGAAUCCCUUUCAAACCAAAAAAUAUGAGUAUUCCUGGCAAUACCUUUGAAGACAUUGGUACGGUCUGGGUGACUUGUUGAGGACUGAAUUAAAAAAAAAAUUUUUUUUUAACGUUUAUUUAUUUUUGAGAGAGAGAGUGUAAGCGGGGGAGGGGCAGAGAGAGAGAGACAAAGAAUCUGAAGCAGGCUCCAGGCUCUGAGCUGUCAGCCCAGAGCCCGAUGCAGGGCUCCACCUUAGGAACCAUGAGAUCACUGCCUGAGCCGAAGUUGGACGCUUAACCCACUGAGCCACCCAGGCAUCCCUAAGGGCUGAAUUUUAAUCUAGUCGAUGAGACUCAGACUAGGCAACAUGCUGGUGCAGAAGGUGGCUUGGCCACAGACCGUGCUUAGGAAGGGAGCCUGACUGGGCCUGCAGGUACGUGGACGUCUGUCAUGAGACUGGCUUAUCCUCACUGCAGCUUUCUCCUCAGCUGGUUUUUCUCAUUUCUCCAGGACAAUCCAUUUCUCUAUUUUUAUUUGCAGGAUAGAACACUUUUUUUUUUUUUCUGUGCAUGUUCUUGUCAUGAAUAUCCAGCGGGAGCACUGGCCAAGCCCCUCAAAUGCUGCUGAGUCAGAUCAGACGCCCUGGGAUUCAGUCGUCUUUGCAGGAUCAUUUACCAAACCCAUGGGGAAUGAUAAGGCAGAGCUUCUAAGGGCUGGUCGCUAGGAUUCUCUCAAUAAUUUAUCUAGGCUAAAUACGUCUCAUACUCACUGAUAACUUGAUUUCUAACUCUGUAGUUGCCAGGCAGAACUUCUGGAACUUUCUCUCCUAACAGGAUCAACACCAGUAGAUGGCAGUGAAGAUAAUUGACUAGAACUACAGAAAGCAAUGCCAUCCGGGAUUUUCAUACUAUGAGGGUCAAUGGGAGUGGUUUUCAUUUUGAUUGGUUUAUAUUUGCUUCCUGGCCUAACUUUAUUCUCCAUUGUUCUCACCUAGUCUGUUUCAUCCAUGUAAAUUAAGGAUAAUGGUAGUGCUGGUGAAGCAAACCGAGAUCUGGAACUGAUAGAAAUGCAAGAAAGAGCUAUAUUAUUAUUAUCCUCGUAACCAUUGCUUUGCCUGGAAGCAAAAUGCCACAGCUAGUUUACAUCAUUUCCAGGACUCUCAAAACCAGUAAACAUGUGGUAACUAACAUGAAAGCUAUUCCCUGAGUCUGUAAAUUGUUUUAAAGUUCAGUCUCCCACCAAUACCAAGCUCAAAGACACUAAUCGUAGCAUUUUAAAUCAACUGUUCCGAAUAUUUGAAUUUGUAUGGUAAAGAGCAAAUAACAUUCCAUCCCUUUUUUUUAUGUUUGUAAAUUCUGCCUUUCCCCUUUUUGUAUUUAUCUGAUUAUUUAAGUGAAAUUUUCAUAAACCAUGACUUAAGUUUUCCAUGUAGUUUUUAAGAUAUUCAGAGUUAAUAUUUUAAUAUUAAGCUUCUCAGUUUUUGAAAAAUGAUCGGCUUGCAAGCUCUAUUUCAGUAAAUACUCUGAGUUUACAUGUAUGUUACAAAAGGUGAAAUGAAGUUACCUUAUUUUUCACUGAGUUUAGGCUAUAGCAACCGUCAGUUAAGGUGAGGAUGAACAGCUACCCCGAGGUCCUACUUCCCUGCACUAGAAUCUACUAUUUGAAUUCGAAGGUAAUUAAUCGAUGACCACCAUUGCACUAUUUGCCUGUUGGUCUGGCUCAAGAAUCAAGAAAUCCGAAAAUUCACACAAAUAGCACCUUCUGUAGUUUUAUACUUUUAUAAAAACACUUCGUUAAAGAAGUACAGCCAAUUUCUAUGUAUUUUAACAUACAGACUGCUGCUUUUUAAUAUUCAUUUUUGGUAUAGCUAUAGUAAUUUAUAAUCGUCAUUUUUAUACCCCUGACUUGUUUUCUCAAGGAUACAAUCAUUAUUAAAAUAAACAUUCACGUAAAUGGAGUAAAUCAUGAGGGAAUCUGUUCUAAGAAGUACCUUUAAAUUAUUAACUUGUUUAGAUAAUGUACUUCAACUGUACCCUGUAAAGUUUAUUUAAAAUAGGGCUUCGUGAGGUUGUUUCCGUUUUUAGAGACCUCCUUCUAAAUAAUUUACCCCUUUACGUUGUAAAUACAAUGAUGCUUAUCAAACUCCCAACUGCUACUAACAAGGUUUUGACUGAUAGAAAGUGAAUAAAAGCAACUUUGCAUAGAAGGUAAAUGGGUGCCUGUACUAAAAUUGAGAAACUCGCACCUCCAUAAGAGCACUAUUCUGUGUGGAAUGCUAGAAGGUUGAAGUGGACUUAUUGCUAAGUUUAUUGUUAACGGUAGUGAUAAUGCUUUAGAAUAUCCCGUUUAAAUGUACGGGGUAAAUAUGUAAAUAUGUUACUUUCCAAGCAAGUUUGUGAAUGUAUUACCACAUAGGGGCUCUCUGCGAUUGACACACCUGUGUUUCUGAAGCAGGCAAGCCUUAAGCACUUUUAUUAAAAUGUUAAAAUGUCAAAGAAUCCUUUUAUGUACCUGUUCUCAGUCGUUUUCUCUAGACAUGAAAAGUGUUCACAAGACAAGGUGCAAAUUUAAAACAAUGCCUGUGUUGAAAUAAAUGAUAUAAACAGA